AUGGACAAUCAACCAAUGAUAGGGCCUCCAACGCUGCCCGAUCAGUCAAUAUCUGAAGGGUGGCGAUGGCUCAGACAGAUCCUCUCCAUAAAUUUCGAAAUCAGAAUGAAUUUAUCGUCGUUGCUCCUCAUCAUGGCCACUAUGGUGUUCUUCACCUACAUGAUCAUCCGCUACAAGUAUCUCACUUCUUAUUCCCGAUCCGUGGCCAAGGAUAUCGCUACUUCGGCACCAACAGUGCCAGGAUCAACCAGCACAACAUCAAGCAGCAAGUCCAAAUCUAGUUCUGGUAAUUAUCUUGAUGAAUUCCUCCUGGCUAUUAAGGUGUUCGGAUACUUGGAGAAACUGGUGUUUCACGAAUUGACCAAGAAUAUGACGACCCAGAGAGUCUCCCGCGACGAAAUCCUUUAUCUUGAUGAACGAAUGGGGUUUCUGAUUGUCGUGGAAGGCACGGCGCAAGUGUACAGCAAGAUAUCACACGAAGUGCUGUCCAGUAGUGAUCUUGAACGCGAGGAGUUGUUCACGUUUGGAAAUCAAAAGUACCAACUAUUGAAUGAAGUAAAGAGUGGUGCUCCCUUGAGCUCCCUCAUAUCAACACUAGACUUGUUUGAAAUUAAAACUCCAGUGAGAGGAUUAAGAUCUCCUGCCGUAGAAUUGAAUUUGAACUUACCCGAGAAACCCGUGAAUCCACUCGAUGUCAAUCCGUUAGAGGAUACUUACCCCAAUAUCAUAUGUCGUCCCAAAUUUCAAGAUUCACAGGGUGAUAUGACAAUAGCCAUCAUUCCAUACUCAGCCUUCCAACGUGUUCAACAAAAGUACCCCAAAUCAACCAGUCACAUUGUCACCAUGGUGCUCACCAGAUUAUAUAAAGUCACCAUGAAUACCGUGCACAACUAUCUUGGACUCACGGGUGAGCUUCUACAAUCGGAAAUUGCCUUGAAUAACCAACUGGAGGGAAGCAACUUGCCACAAUACCUAAUUGAUGGACUCCUUGAUAAGAUCACCACUCCGGAAAAGUCACCUACUCAUGUCCACCAUUCAAAGCAUCAUCUACAAACAUCUUCUUCGAGAUACGUUAUGCUUGAUUCCCGACUAAAGUCCGCCCAUCCUGGUGAUUUACUUUCUUCAGUUCCUAUAUCUCGACAAACAGAUGGAAAAUCGCAACCGUCAACAACUUCACUCAAAUCGUUUGUCCUGCAAUCACCAACAUUGCCUCACCGUUCCCUGGUGGGGUCUUUCCGCUUGCCUAGUUUUUCCAAUGAUGUAGAGGAAACAGAAGAGACCUCAUUGCGUACCGGCAUAGUGGAGAAUAUUUUCAAAAUCAUGGGCAUAAACGAGCCACAAAUGGAUUAUUCUUUGAGAUCAUCAGCUACAUCAUCCCAUGUGAAUCUCAAUCAAUUGUUUCCAUCGAGUAGCAUACUCACCGAUGUGUCAAGUAGUAGUUCUACCCCGGGAAGAUUCUAUGGAAAUCAUCAACUGUUAAUGACGACAAUCAAUAUACAAACAUUACAAAAGGAAGCACAAGCUACUGCGAGUGCAUCUCCUGCUACUCUAGUUGCAUCGAAACAUCCCGAGAUAUCUAUGGAUACCAUAAAGGAAGCAUUUGCUGGAGUAUUGGAGAUUAAAUAUGUGGGACCAGACACUACUUUAGUCAAGCAGGACACGUUCAAUUCUGGAUUGUACUACGUCAUAAAUGGGCAAUUGGAUGUUUACUUUCAACCUCCUGAUGAAACAGCAUCUAACCCACGCAAAAUGUACACGGUCAACCCGGGAGGUAUAGCAGGAUAUUUAACUUCCGUAGUGGGUUUCCGAUCACUAGUCAGUAUUAAAACACCCAGCGAUACCGGGGUGAUAAUCGCCCAUAUUAACAAACUGGACUAUUCUCGAUUAAUGGAUAAAUUCUACUUUUUGCAGUUGCCUGUGGCGCAAACGUUAAAGAACUUGCUUACGCCACGAAUCUUGAUUAUUGAUUAUGCCUUGGAAUGGUGUCAUAUCCCCGCAGGAAACGUGUUGUGUUCGCAAGGAGAUUUGGCCAAUGGGUUUCACGUGGUUUUAAGCGGACGAUUCCGGGUGGUUCGUAAUAAUAACGAAGCAGGCAAGGAUAAUUUGGAAGUGUUGGGAGAGUACGGCCAUGGUGAGUCCAUUGGCGAAGUUGAGGUGUUGACAGCUUCACGAAGAUCAAACUCAUUGAUUGCAAUUAGAGAUUCAGAGACGGCGAGAAUCCCGAGAACCUUGUUUGAGUUGCUUUCAUUUCAGAACCCGCUGAUUUUGGUUAAAGUUAGUCGAUUGGUGGCUUCGAAAGUUGUGGCGCAGGAAACUCAACAGAGUCAUAACUCAAUUACUUCUUCCACCUCUCAUUAUAUCAACAAUGAUUACAAGACUAUUACGAUCUUGCCUACGGUGUCAGAGUUGCCUGUUAGGGAAUUUGCAGAAAAGUUGGUUAGUGCAUUCAAAACCAUCGGGAGGAAUGUUAUUGCUCUCGACCAAGCAUCUACACUUACCCACCUUGGUCGCCAUGCGUUUGAUGAACGACUUGCGCGGUUGAAAUUGCUGGGGUAUUUUGCCUUUCUCGAAGAAGAAUACGCUACGGUGGUAUACAUUUGUGAUACACCAGUACGUCUGAAUUGGACCAAUGCAUGUAUUUCCCAGGGUGACUGUAUACUAUUACUCGCUGACGCCGAUGACCCCUCGGGAGCCACUACCAUCGGCGAAUACGAGCAAUUGCUAAUCAAGAUGAAGACCACCGCGCGCACGGACUUGUGUUUGAUCCAUCAGGACAAAUACGUCAUCCCCGGGUCCACCAGUGUCUGGAUCAAGAGCAGACUAUGGGUGCAAGGUCACCAUCACAUCCAGAUGAAUUUUGAGACACGACACGAGGACGCUGUGCCGAAAUCGUUUUUAACUAGUUGGGCCGAUCGCAUUGCUCGAUCAAACCCUAGUCUCCAGAUCAAGUUCCAGGAGGUCAAGAAUGCCGUUAUUGGAAGGCAGAAGCACCGCAUGAGGACCAAGAGCGACCCGCGGUACAAGAAUGACUUUUUACGAUUAGCGCGGAUCUUGUCGAAUGAAGCAGUUGGGUUAGUCCUUGGUGGUGGUGGAUCGCGAGGGUUGAGUCAUGUGGGUGUGGUCACGGCCUUGGAAAGACAUGGGAUUCCGAUUGACUUGAUUGGUGGUACGUCCAUCGGAUCAUUCGUGGGAGGAUUGUAUGCGCGAGACUACGAAUUUGUAUCCAUCUAUGCUCGUACUAAACAGUUCUCAAAACGUGUUUCGGCAAUGUGGAGAAUGGUAUUGGAUUUCACAUACCCCGUCACGUCAUACAUUACAGGUUAUGAAUUCAAUCGAGGCAUUUGGAAAGUGUUUGGGUUCACCGAGAUUGAGGAUUUUUGGAUCAGAUAUUUCUGCAACUCAACCAACAUUACGAACUCCACCAUGGAGAUCCACGAAACUGGAUACCUGUGGCGGUUCAUUCGUGCUAGUAUGUCCUUGGCCGGACUACUCCCUCCAAUUGCUUUCAAUGGAAGCAUGCUUUUAGAUGGGGGAUACUUGGACAACCUACCUGUCAAUGAGAUGAAAAAGAAGGGUGCUAAAUAUAUCAUUGCCGUGGAUGUGGGUUCAAUUGAUGACAGAACCCCCAUGAAUUACGGAGACACCCUCUCGGGCUUCUGGGUAUUAUUUAACCGUUGGAAUCCAUUCUCGACCCACCCCAAUGUUCCCAAUAUGAUGGAUAUCCAACAGAGGUUGGCGUAUGUCGCCAGUGUGAAUGCUUUGGAGAGUGCCAAGCGUACCCCUGGAGUGGUUUACUUAAGACCACCCAUUGAUAAUUAUGCCACGUUAGAUUUUGGCAAGUUUGAAGAGAUUUAUCAGGUGGGGUUGGUUUAUGCCGAUAGGUUAUUGACGGAGUGGGAACAUGAGGGGAAGAUGCCGCCCAUUGCUGGAUUGGUCAAGCAGGAGAAAGUGGAAGACGACAAGAAGGUUUUAAAUAGAAGAAAUUCUGUGUAG